AAUUAAAACAUUUACGCUUCCGAUAUGAAGCGCACUUGAGGUUCCAACGGACACAGAAAACAUCUCAGCACAGAGAGCAUAUUUCAACUCCAGUUGACAAACUGUGCAGUCGAUCAGAGUUCUCCAAGUGAACACUUGCAAAAGCUCGAACACGAAGGAACAAGUAUUUUCAACCAAGAUAACGGUCCCACCGGUGGAAUAUAUUGCCGAUAAUAUAUUCCAAAAGUGGCUCAACGUGAAAAGAGGAAUUUUUAGGCAAAAACGAACAACGGAGACGAACCUACACCACCAUGCCAAGAGCUUUUUUAGUCAAGAAAAAUAGAAGCCCUCGCACGGCUGCAGGAGAAAAAAGAAGCUUUCCUGAGGAUGACUACAGCCCUAACUUCAACUAUAUUGACAAUAGAAUAUUUUCAACUUCGUCUGCGGUUGCUGGUCUAAUUCAUUCACCGACCGAAUCGGACAAAUUCCCUGAGUUAAGUUCAUUAACUUCGAUGUUCACAUCGACCAACACAACGGCCAGCUGCAACAGUGCUUUUAAGCCGUUCAAACCAGAAAAAGGACUUUCACCGAAGAAGCACAAGCCAACUCAACCAGUCACCGAAGUCAAGAGYGAAAAAACGAAGAAAAAUAGUAAGGAAAAUACAACGGUAAACUUAAUUAACGAGAGACAUUCAAGUGAGCAUGGAGGGGCCAAAACCGCCGUGUUAGARCAUAAAGAAUUUGCUAUUUUCAGCGAAAACAGUGAUUUUCCAAAGCCAAAGGGUCCACUACCACAAUCACAAUUUAUUUGCCAGCUAUGUGACGAGGAGUACAGCGACCCGUUUUCGCUSGCACAACACAAGUGUAGCGGAAUUCAGCACACCGAACACCGGUGUCCAGAGUGCGAUAAAGUCUUUAGCUGCCCCGCAAACCUCGCAUCGCACAGACGAUGGCAUCGACCGCGAUCACCACACGAGAAAAAAUCCACUUCAACUACACCGCAAAAAGAAACCAAAAAGUUCGACAGUGUAAGCGAGAGCGAGGGAGGUCAAAAAUCGUCGUCUCCACCGUUGGAAUCUGAGCGUAGCACAAGCCCCGUGAGUAAUAGUCAAGGGCAGUUCGUUUGCAAUUUAUGUAAUAAAACAUUUCGGCGUAAGGCAUAUUUACGAAAGCACAUGAAUAACCAUACCGAUGAUCGUCCAUACCCUUGCCAAUACUGCGGCAAAGUGUUUCGAAGCCUUACAAACAGAGCCAAGCAUGUUCUAAACCAUGCCGUUGGUCCGAAGACUUUUACCUGCAACGUCUGUGGCAAUGGCUUCGCAAACAAGGGAGGACUUGAUCGUCAUUCUCGUAUACAUACCGGGGAGAUUUACUCGUGUAAACAAUGCUCUAGCACUUUCUACAGCUCGCCUGGACUUACAAGGCAUAUCAACAAAUGCCAUCCACCAGAAAAUCGCCAAGUGAUUGUUCUUCAGGUGCCAGUAAGACAGGGAUAACAAACUAUUUUCAAAUGAACACAGGACAUUUCUAUAUAUAUGAAUAUAUAUUUUGUACAUAUCUUUGUAUAUAAUACGAAUGUUGCGGGAUACAGAUUGUGAAGUAUACUUUAUUUACAAAAAGCUGAAACAUUCAGAUUCAAAUUUUAUCGCUAGGUAUAGUUCUAUAUAAACAGACUUGUUUUUGUAUAAAGUUAAAAUUUCAGAACAGUCGUUGUUUCAAAUUCUUUCACAUAAGAUGUUAAAACUCGGAAUACUUCGUCUCGAAAUUCAUUAAAGCUUGUGCUACCAAAUCGUCAAAAA